UUAUGGAAUGCUGUGAUGUCAUCAGCCCAGUCAUACACACAAAGACGAGGAGGACCCACAGGCGCUCUGACUCUCUCAGCUUAGUUAGCAUACACUGCUGUGGAGCGGCUGACUACAUCCCACUAUUAUCCCAAUGAUGACCUCCAAAGACAAAGCAAACUGACAUCUUAGCAGGGUGGGGAAACUGUCUGCACAGCACAGAGAGGAAACAGGAUUUUGUGUGUGUGAGAGAGAGAGAGAGUGUGUGUGAUUGAACAGUAUGCUCAAAAGCGCGUGUGAGGAUGAGCAUGAUUGAUUUAUGAGAGGAGUUUAUGUGUGUAGCAAAGAGUGAUUUUAGGAUAAGUAAGCUGUGGAAGUUUUCUUCUAACGACAUGAGGCUAUAAACCAACACUGUCCACCUCAAGAAGCUGCUGGCCAAAGGACAGCGCCUCCUCCCUCAGAGUGCUUGGCCAGGUGGUACCAGGUUAAGCAUCCCCCACCCCCCACCCACCCCCCCCGGUUCAGCCGCCAACAUGCUGCAGCAGAUUUUAAAGGACAUGUACAUCGACCCUGAUGUGCUGAAUGCUCUCAACGAGGACCAGAAAAAGACUCUGUUCCUGAAAAUGCGCCAGGAGCAGGUGCGGCGCUGGAAGGAGCGGGAGGAGAAGCUGGAGAGAGAAGGGGGGGACGCUGAGUGCAAGAGGACAAAGCCAAAAAAAGCCAACAGUAAGAAUGUGAGCUGGCUGCUCGGCCGGGACGGAGAUGUGGCGGUCAUUGUGAUCGGGGAGGUGGAUGAGCUGAGCUCCAGAUUCAUCUGCUCAGGAUUCGGAGAAAAGAAGGCGCAGAGUCUUCAGAACAAUGCACACCAUCAGACGAUCUUGAAGAGCAGAAAAACCACAGAACCUGUCAGAACUGAGAGAGAGAACUUCCCUCCUAAAGCACAACCUGGAAUAUCACUGAAUUUAAAGGAGAAAUGUGAGGAGACGAGCACUUUACUCCCUCUGCCGGUGUCAGUGAGCGAGCAUUCAUCACCCCCAGCAGCAGAAAAAAAGCCCGAGCUGAAUUCAGCCAGCGCGGCUGAGGAGAAGUCAGCUCCCCAGCCCUCCAUCUGCUCCAGGCCUCCCGUGAGAGCUAGCCCUGUCAACGUGAGACCGGCUUCUGCAAGCGCAGCGCCAGGCUCUGUCAACACCAGAUCCGGCCUCGGAAAUCUGAGGCUGGCCGCCGCACCAUCAGCUUCCCCCAGCACCACUGUCAGAAUAGACUCUGGAACAACGAUACCCACCAAAGUUGGCCUGCGCGCACAGGAACCUCCGAGGCUCUGGGAGUCACAGGGUGGGAAAGAUAUUGGUGCAUCAGAGGCUUCUCGGAGGGCUGCCUCGGAGGAGGCUGGGUCACCGGGGAGUGCGCCAACCUGCGCAGGGCGUGGCCGGGUGGCACAGCUGAUGAAAACCUUCAGCGCUGAAAGCACUACAACCCCCAUGCAGACCCCCUCUCGCGGCAUCAAGCCUCCCCUCCCCACCAAGCCUAGCCACUUGCGUCUAACGACCACACCUACUGUGAGGUAAUCCCCACACACCGAUGCACAUUUGCCCACACAGCUUCACACUGGACAAUGACGGACACCUAACGUGGAGCCUCGGCCUGCGGGCUAAUGACACGGAGAGCUCCAAAGGUGGCUCUCAGAAAUGCUAAAGUCUACAAUGUUGCUUUCACUCCCAAAGCACAGCAAUGGAAAUGCUUGAAUGUAAUGGUUUUCUUUGAUUUUUGGAUGCUGCAGUACUGUCAGCAGUCUUUGUGGGAAAGAACUUCCAAAGCAAUUGAUUGCAAUGUAUAUGUGUUUGCCAGGGAAUUGAUGACUAUCAUAUGUAUUCACUUGUUGUUGUUGCUUUCCACUUUGUGUAACAUGUGGAAAAACACGCCCUCAUUCUAACACACGGUUUUUAGUCCAAAUCACAAACCCUGCGCACGCAAUAUUGUUUACUUGCCGCUGACAUUCUUUGCAUCCCCUGUGAGACAGUUUGCAUUAGCUCAUAUGCAGACACAUGUGCGGUGCAGUAUUCGUAGCUCAGGACAACAGAAUGGGCAUGGGGGGGCAUAAUGGGGUGAAAUAAGGCACAGAAGGGUCCUCCUUCAUCUUGCUGUCUCCUCCCUGGGAAUAGUAUAGGGUUGUUUAUUUGUCACAAUGCAAUGUAUGUCUCCCCCUGCCACCUGGCAGGAGUCUCACUACGACCUGUUGUGGACCAAUGACAGUGCCAAAUGCCUCGUCUGUCGCUCCCAGUGGAUCAAGUUAGACAGUCGCUGCCAAAUGAUCCGGCUCUGUGUUACUCAUCUCUGUUUCUUUCAGUACUAUUUUAGAGAUGUGUGGUCAUACUUUGUGUGUUCUUUUUUUUUUUUACAUUUUCUAUAGGGAGAAGGACGUUUUGUAAUGGGAUAUUUAACAGGAAUACAAUGCUCACCUGUAAAAUGAGAGACGUUUUUACCUUUAAUGUCAAGCUUGUAUGGUGCAAUCAAAGAAGCAAUAAAAUUGUACAACUUUUGGC